AUGGGGCGUACUUGGUCCGUGGCCGGUACGCCUGGGGCCUACGUGAAUUGGCACACGUACGCCCCAAAACUUUAGAUCGCAUUUGUGGCUGCUACAGCGCAUUGCAUACACUCUGACAGUCACCAGUUCGGUCUAAUGAUACGGCUGCACAACCCUCUAGCAGAUGAAGCCGAUACAAGUCGAUGGUCAUAGAGUCCGGAAGCUGUGACCACGGCGCAACGAGUGAGGCCGGCCUGUACGAGCGUUGAUAUGUGUAUGUGCUAGUUUAAAACAAGGCGGUAAGAUGAUACCUAGUUCCAGCAUUGAGUACGGUCAACCCUGCAAAGUCCUACUUAGCCGUGACAGAUUGAAGUCAACCGUCGCGACUUGACUAAGAGAGUACUAAUUUGUCCGACAAAUCACGUCUCACUUUCAAAUUAGGUCUCACUUUGGCGUCAGUGCUAAACGCGGCCAUCUGCGGGCCCGCGACGGAAGGUGCUUCCUUUGAGUUGACCACACUUGAGUCGACCACAUAGGCCACCAACGAGGGCCCGUGGAAGACGAAACAAAUGGACGCCAAAGGCUCAUGCCCCACCUCCGAUAUCUGAGCGAGAAGCAAGACUUCAAUCGCGUCGGACGCGUCUCCAAGUCCUCGACCUACUACCCGGUGCCGCUGCGUCGCCACCGGCGUUCUCAGCUACUUUCCCCCUGGAGCCAACACACGUACAUGAAUCGAGCUCAAAACCUCAUUGGAAAUCGAGCCUCGAAGACGUGUUUGAGGAUGUUGAGCCCGCGGGGUCAUCCCAGCGAGGCUUCUCCGACGACGUUGACGCGACCCAUUCUCAUUCACCCGUCAGACUGCGAAGGGUGCGUACUGCGUCAGUCACCGUCGUUACUUCCACCCCUAAUUUUAUGUACUGCUUCUAGUCUAUCAAUGAAGUGGACCUGUCUCCUGGAUCGGAGAAAAAGCUUUACGAGCCACAGAUUCGCCAACGAGUAGACUACAGCUCGGUGAGCAAACGGACAUUCCCAUGGUCGAGGCUGCCCGUUCAUUGUCCAUCGUCAGGGGCCAUUUCUGAACUGACGUGAUGGCUCAUUCCACCCAUGGCCCGUUCCACCCAAAUCGACCAUUUGGGCGCUCUAGUUACAAUCGAGGAGGUCAAUGACGUCGCUCCAAGGAAUGAAUUGCGCCGGCUCAUCAAAGCAAACUUGCUCGCUGAAAGGCACGCUGUCUCGGACAGCGGAGCCUCACUGGUGA